AUGUCCUCAAUCGACCAAUCUGAAGGUGAAGCAUUCACUCCCUCUAAUCAGAUUGCUUCAUCUAGUCAUGACCCGGAUAACACCCCCUAUUGGAGCCAGCUUAUGGGUGACUACAAGCCCUUUUCCCAAUGGGCCAGAACAGCAAGGGCCUGUAUGUACCUAGGGGAAAGAUUGGGCAAUAAUGAGCGCACAAACAAGUGGAAUAUGGCACUGUUCAAGGGAACAGUCCAAGGGCUAUUAUUACCUUCAGAAAAAACAGGGCAAAUCAGCGUUGUAGUCACGGAAGCCGGUCGAUCAACCCGUCUGGCAAGACGUGUUGCUAGUCAUGCUCAAACCUAUCUGCAGAAUAAUGCAAUCAGGGGCAAAGAUUGGGAGGAGCCCCUGAAUUGGGCCACAUAUAAGGCUGCCCGGGCAUGUAAUCUGCAUUGGGAGGACAUUGUACUCAUAACAGUACUCAGUAACUAUGAGACAAAGGAGAUUGAUGCUGAUCAAAGUCAAUCAUCAACUGAUUCAAGUGAAGAGGAUGAUAUCACCUAUGAAGAAAUGGAACAAGAACAAAUUCUCACCUCAAGUGGAUCUCCUGGAGACACCAUCACCUGCAAUAUGGAGGACCAUAUGAUAGUCGGGUAG